CGAAAUGCUUUGGCGCGCCUCAUUCCCGAUUUUGAAAAGAUCGUUGGAUCCGAUUCACAAUCGAACGGUCCGUCCCCGGCCUCAGAACGGGAUUUACAGCUGUUUGAUUCCAUCGCGAUCACAGAUCCACGAUUAUACGAAUUGUCCGUUCGGAUGGCCUUGCCCACUCCAUAUAAUCUGUUAUUGGAGUGCCUCAAUCGGAGUUGUGUUCCCGAGUCUGACCUCAAAUCGAACAUGAUAUCACAGGGACGGAACAAACACUUCUUCACUUUGCAACUCAAUGAACGUUCGGUCAAAGUUCCUUGCAAAAAUAAACGAGAGGGUCGGCAUUUGGCCGCUCAACAUCUGCUUGCACGUCUUCACCCCGAGGUCACAAUGUGGAGUGACUUGUUGCGCAUGUACGGUCCGGGUAGCAAACCGGACAAGAAGACGGAAUUAGAAACAAUUCAGGGUGCGCAGGCCCAGGAGAAGUCGGCUGUCAAGACUAGUUUGAUUCGUUUGCUAAAAGCCAAAAUGCAUGAAUUGGCUGCACAAUGGGAAGAAAACGGGGGAAGCGCACAUCCGAAAGGAAAGUUUUUUGUCUCUCCUGAUAGCCUGCCUGUGGUCACCUUUCAUCCGGAUUCCAAGACUGAUUUAUACAACUCUAUCCCCGAAAAUUCUACAUCGCCCACUUUACCACCCUCUCCGAAUGCCGCUUCGGAUUAG